UCCCGCCCCUUGGGGGCCCGCGCCACGGGCGACGGAGUGUCUCUGCUCCCAACUUCCGCGUCGACCCACCCAUCGCGAGAUUUUGGCGGCGCAGCAAUGGCAAGACCAUGCCGCGACACUGCUCCGCCGCCGGCUGCUGCACACGGGAUACGCGCGAGACUCGCAACCGCGGCAUCUCCUUCCACAGACUUCCCAAGAAAGACAACCCCAGGCGCGGCUUGUGGCUGGCCAACUGUCAGCGGCUGGACCCCAGCGGCCAGGGCCUGUGGGAUCCGACCUCUGAGUACAUCUACUUCUGCUCCAAACACUUCGAGGAAAACUGCUUUGAGCUGGUGGGAAUCAGUGGGUAUCACAGGCUGAAGGAGGGGGCAGUCCCCACCAUAUUUGAGUCUUUCUCCAAGUUGCGUCGAACAGCCAAGACCAAGGGGCAUGGUUAUCCACCUGGCCUGCCUGACGUCAGCCGGCUCCGGCGAUGCAGGAAGCGCUGCUCCGAAAGGCAAGGACCCACAACUCCCUUUUCUCCACCUCCUCGUGCUGAUAUCAUCUGCUUUCCUGUGGAAGAAGCUUCAGCNCCUGCCACUCUGCCCGCAUCCCCAGCUGUGAGGCUGGACCCUGGCCUUAACAGCCCCUUCUCAGAUCUCCUGGGCCCUCUAGGUGCUCAGGCAGAUGAAGCGGGCUGUAGCACACAGCCCUCACCAGAGCAGCACCCCUCCCCUCUUGAGCCACAGCCUGCCUCCCCAUCUGCAUACAUGUUAAGGCUGCCACCUCCUGCUGGAGCCUACAUCCAGAAUGAGCACAGCUACCAAGUGGGGAGCGCCUUGCUCUGGAAGAGGCGAGCUGAAGCAGCUCUUGAUGCUCUGGACAAGACCCAGCGCCAGCUGCAGGCCUGCAAGCGACGGGAGCAGCGGCUUAGGCUGCGACUAACCAAGCUGCAGCAGGAACGGGCACGGGAGAAGCGAGCACAGGCGGAUGCCCGCCAGACUCUGAAGGACCAUGUACAGGACUUUGCUAUGCAGCUGAGCAGCAGCAUGGCCUGAGAGAGGGACUACACGCCCAGGCUCUGGCUUCUUUUUCUCAGAGACACUUGACCAGAACUGCAUCCACUGGGCUGGCCAAAUGUCACAAUAAAGUGGAUGCUAGAAAGAGACUGCUGUUUGGCUUGGCUGGAGGUGCCUGGCUCCUCCCCAGACCAUGGCCAAAGCCCUAGAGAGCUCAGAUCCUGGCAUGCCACCUCUUGACCCUG